AUGACCUCCAAAGAAGACGCAAAAAGCGCCUCGGUGGAGGACCGAAGACGCAGCCCUCUGGAUCACCUGCCUCCACCUGCCAACUCCAACAAGCCCCUGACGCCCUUCAGUAUCGAAGACAUCCUCAACAAACCCUCAGUGAAGCGAAGUUACACUAUUUGCGGGACGGCGCACCUGAUCUCGUCCGGGGAGAAGCAUUCUUCGUCAGGUCAUCUGUCCAAUCGCGCACUUCUUACCCAAACCUCUCCUUUGUGCGCCUUGGAAGAACUAGCCAGCAAAACAUUCAAAGGCCUGGAAGUGAGCGUUUUGCAAGCUGCAGAAGGAAGGGACGGCAUGACACUGUUUGGGUCGCGGAAUACUCCCAAAAAGCGAAGGAAGUCCCGAACGGCCUUCACCAACCACCAAAUCUAUGAGCUGGAGAAGCGCUUCCUUUACCAGAAAUACCUGUCCCCCGCCGACAGGGAUCAAAUCGCCCAGCAACUGGGUCUGACAAACGCACAGGUCAUCACCUGGUUCCAGAACCGCCGAGCAAAGCUCAAGCGAGACCUGGAGGAGAUGAAAGCGGACGUGGAAUCAGCCAAAGCCACGGGUACGGUUCCUUUUGAAAAGAUGGCUAAACUAGCAGACCUUGAAAAAUGCGCCAACGGGACUUUAGGACAUCCUAUGCCCGCGUCUCCCACGCUCUCCAGCCACGAGAGCUCAAACAAACUGCAAAUGUCGCCGUCGUCACCGCUGACAGACCACACAACGAGUAAAGAGUGCUCGGAAGACGAGGACGAGGAGAUUGAGGUGGACGACUGA